UCAUCAUCAUCCCUGAGCGCGCGCAGACAAAAUAAGAAAAAAAAGACCCCAUCCUGAGAGCUGAGAGUUUCCUCCUGCGGAUAAACCGAGCGGCUGUUCGCAGGAUUCAUGCGUCCACCGAUGGCUCAGUGGUGUGAAGACAGGCUCCCGUCUCCGUCUCACUGUUAGUAGUUGAGUUGAAUUAAACUCCAGAAAGUUCUACAGACUCGACCUCAGAGAAGAGAUCAGUCCAGCAAAGGGUUCACAGACUCAUCCUGCUGUUGAACACACACUCUCACACACCAACGGGGAAUGAAGCCCACUGAAUCUGAAGACAGGAUGUCUUCCAAGCGACCAGCCUCUCCAUAUGGGGGAACAGAUGGAGAGAUAGUCAUGGCAACGAGCAGACAGCGAUUGGACGAUGAUGAGGUUGACGGACAUGCUGUCAUUCACCUGCCCCUGAGCUCAUACUGCAGCUCGCCGCGCGCCCCGGACAGCCCACCCACACUACACAGCAGCACGGAGCAGGAGAGCAGUAAAGGCCUGGCCCUGAGCCCAUACCCUCAGCACAACUCUUCUACCUCACCCAGUAAACAGCAGCAGCAGGACGAGGGCUUGGGUUCAGUCACGGCUCUGGGAACGCCGGAGAGGCGUAAAGGCAGUCUGGCCGACGUGGUGGACACGCUGAAGCAGCGCAAGAUGGAAGAGCUGAUCAAAAGCGAGCCUGAGGAGGCCCCCAGCAUUGAGAGGCUUCUGUCCAAGGAUUGGAAGGACAAGCUGCUUGCGAUGGGCUCCGGUCACGUUGGAGAGAUCAAAGGUACUCCAGACAGCCUGGCGGAGAAGGAGAGGCAGCUGAUGGGGAUGAUCAGCCAGCUGAGCAGCCUGAGGGAGCAGCUGUUAGCCGCCCACGAGGAGCAGAAGAAGCUGGCCGCCUCGCAGAUCGAGAAACAGAGACAGCAGAUGGAGCUGGCCAAGCAGCAGCAAGACCAGAUUGCUCGACAACAACAGCAGCUUCUGCAGCAACAGCACAAAAUCAACCUCCUGCAGCAACAGAUCCAGCAGGUCCAGGGUCAGCUGCCACCUCUGAUGAUUCCUGUUUUCCCUCCAGAUCAGAGGACUCUGGCAGCAGCCGCAGCCCAGCAAGGAUUCCUCCUGCCCCCAGGCUUCAACUACAAACCCGGCUGCAAUGAUCCAUACCCCCUUCAACUCAUCCCAACCACCAUGGCAGCUGCUGCAGCUGCCUCACCCGGCCUCGGCCCCCUUCAGCUUCAGCAGCAGCUGUAUGCAGCUCAGUUGGCAGCCAUGCAGGUAUCUCCGGGGUCCAAGCACAGCACCAUGCCCCAGCCCAACCUGGCAGGAGGAACACACUCGCCUACCAGUGGCCAGAGCGAGAAGAGCAGGAGCAGCCCACCACCCAAGGCCAAGGACGAGGGCGCUCAGCCCCUGAAUCUGUCAUCCAAGCCUAAGACAUCCGAGAGCAAGUCACCCACCUCCCCCGCUUCCCCACAGGUCCCUGCCAUGAAGCUGGGUCCCGGAUCUGUGAAGCACAGUGCCCCCUCAAGCAUCGGAGGACCUCCGCCCAGAGUCAGCUCCAUAGACCUGCUGUCGUCCAUCACUUCCGGAGGCUACCUGAACGACCACGAGGCCGUGAGCAAGGCUUUCCAGGAGGCACGGCAGAUGAAGGAGCAGCUGAAGAGAGAGCAGCAGGUCCUGGAUGCCAAGGUGGCAGCAGUGAACAGCCUCACCCUCAACAACGGACGCUCAGAGAAGGAGAAAGCGGCUCUUGAAAACCUGAGUCAGCAGAUGAAGCAGUCCGAGGAGAACAAGUUCACACACGCCAUGAUGGACUUCGGCAUGAGCGGCGACUCCGACGGAAGCCCCAGCGUGUCAGAUUCAAGGAUUUUCCGCGAGGCUCGAGGUCGUGGUAACAGUGAACCGCACAUCAAGAGGCCCAUGAACGCCUUCAUGGUUUGGGCAAAAGACGAGAGGAGGAAAAUCCUGCAGGCUUUUCCUGACAUGCACAACUCCAACAUCAGCAAAAUCCUCGGUUCUCGCUGGAAGGCGAUGACUAAUCUGGAGAAACAGCCGUACUACGAGGAGCAGGCGCGUCUCAGCAAGCAGCACCUGGAGAAAUACCCCGACUACAAGUACAAGCCCCGCCCCAAGCGCACCUGUCUGGUGGACGGCAAGAAGCUGCGUAUCGGCGAGUACAAGGCCAUCAUGCGCAGCCGCAGGCAGGAGAUGCGUCAAUACUUCACUGUGGGGCAGCAGGCCCAGUUACCGCUCUCCUCAGGGGGCGUGGUCUACCCCGGCGCUCUCUCCAUGGCUGGUAUGCCGUCUCCUCAGAUGCCAUCCGAGCACUCGAGCAUGUCCAGCAGCCCCGAGCCGGCUCCGCCCACCGGCCCACCCUCGUACCUCAGCAUCAGCAAAGGGGAUGAGCCCCGAAUCAAGGAGGAGGUGCUCCGGAUGGACGAGAGCAACGGCGACGCCUACGACGAUUUUGAUUACGAGGAUGAGGAUGGAGACUUCGGCAGCGACAGCGAAAACCACGUCGCACAGACUCAGAAAGAGCCACGCCCACAUCCCCCCGCCCUCCUCCCUGAUACCAGCAGCAGUAAAGCACAGGACGCAUCAGAGUAACUGUUACAUUAAACAAGAACAUCGGAUGGCACGAGCGAACACAUCUCCAGUAAGCUACAGGAAGGAAGAUAUGACAUGAUAUGAUAAGGAAACUUUCUCUCUCUCUCUCUCUCUCUCUCUCUCUCUCUCUCUCACACACACACACACACAUACACACACACACACACACACACACACAAACAAAACUUAUGAAAAUAAUUUUAAAAAAAAAACAGGACCUGUUCGUUGGCCUGUCACUUUAAAACAGUGGACCUGCUCGUCUAUAAAGAGACUUUUUUCUGGGUUCUAUAAUAUUCUCACUCAGGUACACGGUGCCAACAAGUGGCUUGUGAAUGUGAUUUGUUGUUUUUGUGCUUACGGUUUUAAUAGAGAUAAAAGGAAAGAAAAAAACUUUUAUUUUCCUGGUUUUGACGUUUUAAAAAAAAAGCACCAGAUAGGAGUAACAUUUUACUUUUGAUUAUUUUUGUUUUAUUUUUAAGGAUUUCCUGCUUGUGUUAGGUGUUAAACCCCUUUGCUGAAUCCUGUAUCUCUGUCUCUCUCUCUCUCUCUCUCUCUCUCUCUCUCUCUCACACACACACUUUUUUUCAUGCAUGAAUGGACGGAGUUUGAAGGCUGCGUUUUGCUCAUGUACACUUUUUUCCAGCACUUAUGAAAUCCAGUGACCCGUAUACACUGUUCAGAUCAGUUUUUAUUAAAUUACACACACACACACACACACACACACACACAUUGCAAUCCAUGAAUAGGCCUAAUGCGAGGCAGCAGGAUGGAAAUAAAAGCAUCGUGUUCCUGUGAGAACGCACAAACUGCAAAAUAGAGAUCCAGCCUCUGCACUCCGUCUCGCUCCCUCGGUUCUGUAUCUAAACAGACUGUUUUUGCCAUUAUGGAGAACGCAGAGCCUCACGGUUCCAAGAGAAACAGAGAUGGAGAACAUGUGAGAGGGAAAAUCUCCGUAGACGAGAGUUUGGCACUGAACAGAGAGAGAGAGAAUGAUGGAGGGCUUUUAUAGACGCCCACAUUAUGCUUAAGCAAGGAAACCUCCAGAGCACUGAGGAAUUGUGUGUGUGUGUGUGUGUGUGUGUGUGUGUGUGUGUGUGUGUGUGUGUGUGUGUAAUUAACCCCUCAUUGAUAUCCCUUCCUUUAAUUCUCCUCACUCCGCCCUUCCACACAACAUUACUCUUAUCACUUUACUUCCUGUUGCCUGAUAGGGACCGGGUUGCCACGGCAAUGCUUUGACUGAUAGCUAUCUCACUACACUCAAGCGCCAUCUCAUCAUCCUCAUCAUCCUCAUCUCCACUGCAACACGCCACACUCUCCGAGCAUCCUGAUUGGUCGACACCUGAUCUCACAGUUCCACUCCUACAGCCCCGCCCCCUCUAUUUUUUUUUUAUUUUAAUAAAAAAGCAUAAGGUACUGACGCAGUGAGGUCUGUGCUCUUGUAUCGUGUGUCCUGCCCUGCAUGUUUUUUUUCCAUUUAUUUCUGCUGAUUUUUAUUUUCCGUCACUCUGCUGUCAGAAUCGUGGCUGUUUGAAGGAGGAGCGAGCGCUUGGAGUUUUCACUCUCUGCAUGUCGAAAUGUUUUAUUUUGUAUUUGAAUACUGUAUUUUAAUUUUUUAUAUAUAUUCAGACUGCCUCUAGUGUAAAAAAUAAUAUUAUUAACAAUAAUUAUAAAGAUUGUCAGCUUGUUUGGGUAUUUUUUUUCCUUAGUAAGUUAUGUAUAGUAUAAUUUAUUUUUCUCUUCUUCUUCUUCUUGGUUGUUGUUUUUUUAUUAUUUACAUUAUAAAAAAGACUGCUUUAUAAAGCACUGUUAUAUUUAGCUGGUAGGUUUGUAGAUCUAAUUACUCUGUGCUUUACCUUUUUUAAAUUGAUUUAUUUUGAGUUUAUUAAUCCUGUUUCAAUGCUGGUGAAUCUCAGAAAUUAUCACAAUGAACUGCUGAAAUGAAGGAUUUUUUUGUUUUUGUUUUUUGUCAUCAUGAACUCCUGAACCCGUUUCUGAAAGCACUAGGACUCUGGACAUUCAGAGAAAGAAAGAAAAAAAAACACGAAGAAUAUCACUUUUUUGUAUUUUUUAUUAUUAUUGUUGUUAUUAUUUCUAAUGGUUUUAUGUACAAUGUGAAAUUUUCUAUCUCUUUCAUUCCUCCUUGUUUUCUCAAUGAUUCACAUUUUUCAAAACCCUGAUAUCAGACGAUGAAGACGUUCAGCGUGUUUACUGGGAUUUGAGACUCGGAGGAACCUCACUGGUCCCAAAAAAAAAAAAAAAAACAUAUUUUUUACACAGUCCUUCAGUCUGGAUAUGUUAAAUCUGAAGAAGCUCAUGGUUUUAUUAUUUUUGUUUGUUUAGUUGGUUUUUUUUGUUGUUUUUUAAUCAGUGAUGCUCCACCGAGUGUCUCAUAUCAGAUAUCUAAUCUCUACAGGAUGCCAUGAUGGAUUUGUUUUAGCUCCACACCAUGCCCGAACGUUUUAAAAUCAUGACGUUAACGUUUCCAUCCUGUUGUGUAUUAUUAUUAUUAUUAUUAUUAUUAUUAAUUAUUAUUAUUAUUAUUAUUGUUGUUGUUGUUGUUAUUGUUAUUGUUUCAAUCACAAUCAGGACCCUUUACAAUCAGACACAGAAUGAAGGACAGGGUCGAAAGCUGUCAAUCAUUUAUUAUAUCUAAAGCAUGACAUUUUUGCUAUGAAUAAUAACAGAUAAGACAAUCAAAGUCAUGGGUGGAGCUCAAAACAGAAGUGAAAAUUAAAACUAACACACACACACACACACACACACACACACACACGCGCAUUCUUUUUAAAAAUCCUACCAUCUCAACUUGAAAAAUCGCUAAAAGAUAAUUAUGUAAAUAUAACAUAGAGGUAUAGAUUUAUAUUUUGUUCAUAACACAGUGUAAUAUAAGUUGUAUAUUUCUUUUUUCCCCUUUUAUUGAUGUUAUUCAUGCCACAUUUUAAAAACCGAGAGUUAAUGUACUCUUACACACACAAAAAAAGCCGUGGGUUGCCACCAUCUGUUCUGAGUUGACGUUUUUCAGUAUUAUUGCCGGUUGAGGCUCUAAUAAAGACAGCAAUGUGUUCUGUA